AUGGGAUUGGACUUCUUGAAGAGAAAAACCGGUGUGAUCGUUGGUGACGACGUCAGAAACUUGUUUCUGUACGCUCAGGAAAAGGGCUUCGCCAUUCCAGCCAUCAAUGUGACUUCCUCCUCCACCGCGGUUGCUGCUCUGGAGGCUGCCAGAGAUAACAACUCCCCAAUCAUCCUGCAAACUUCCAACGGUGGUGCCGCUUACUUCGCUGGUAAGGGUGUCAAGAACGACGGCCAGAAGGCUUCGAUUGCCGGUGCCAUUGCUGCUGCUCACUACAUCAGAUCCAUUGCUCCAACAUACGGCAUCCCAGUUGUCUUGCACACCGACCACUGUGCCAAGAAGCUCUUGCCAUGGUUCGAUGGUAUGCUCGAUGCCGACGAGGAGUACUACAAGAUCCACGGUGAGCCACUGUUCUCUUCCCACAUGCUCGACCUGUCGGAGGAGACCGACGACGAGAACAUUGCUACCUGUGUGAAGUACUUCACCAGAAUGUCUAAGAUGGGUCAAUGGCUCGAGAUGGAGAUCGGUAUCACCGGUGGUGAGGAAGACGGUGUCAACAACGAGAACGCCGACAAGGAGUUGCUCUACACAAAGCCAGAGACCGUCUUUGCCGUGCACAAGGCAUUGGCUCCAAUCUCUCCAAACUUCUCGAUCGCUGCCGCCUUCGGUAACGUGCACGGUGUCUACAAGCCAGGAAACGUUGUCCUGAGACCAGAGAUUUUGGGAGAGCACCAGGCUUACGCUGCCAAGCAGCUUGGCUCCAAGACCAACAAGCCACUCUUCCUUGUCUUCCACGGUGGAUCCGGAUCUUCGCAGCAUGAGUUCGACACCGCCAUCUCCAAUGGUGUCGUCAAGGUGAACCUUGACACCGACUGUCAAUAUGCUUACUUGACUGGUAUCAGAGACUACGUCCUGAAGAAGAAGGAUUACAUCAUGAGCCCUGUUGGAAACCCAGAAGGUGCCGACAAGCCAAACAAGAAAUACUUUGACCCAAGAGUUUGGGUUAGAGAGGGAGAGAAGACCAUGUCCGCCCGUAUCACCGAGGCAUUGGAGAUCUUCCACACCAAAAACCAGCUUUAA